AUGCCCUUCUGGACGGGAGAGUGCUGUCGCAGGCACUUGCCCCUUCUUCAGCGUCCGGCCUGCGAGCGGCAGGCGGAGCAAGCAAGGGAGGUGGACAAGCGGCUGCUGGCUGAGAGUACCUGGGUACGUACCGAUCCGCACGCCCCCGAGGGGAAGGCUUCCAUGACCAUCAAGCUGGACCACGACUGA